AUGGCAAGCGAGCUUUUAUCUCCCCGACACACGCGCAAUCGCGGGGAGGAAGGAUAUCGCACACCGACGAUCGAAGACACACAGAAUGAUCUCGGGGCGUUUCCAUUCCCAUCUAGAGGGGGCCAAGUGCGCGAGGCGCAUACUUCGGCUCUUGAGGCGCUGAACCAACCUUCGUAUCAACGGGCUGAAGCGCACGGCAACAAAGAGAAACGCCGGCGACGGGAAGUGGACUGGGCUACGGCGAAAAUCGGAUGGAAAGGCCGGCUUCGUCACUUCACAUGGGCCUAUUUCACAUUGACCAUGGCCACGGGAGGGAUUGCCAACGUUCUGUACUUUAUUCCCUAUAGAUUUCGCGGCCUGGAGACGAUUGGCAUCAUAUUCUUCCUUCUCAACUUGGUUUUCUACGUUAUAAUCUGGUGUCUGCUGCUUACGCGCUUUUACUUAUACCCUUACACGUUCAAAGCAUCGUUCUUGCAUCCGACGGAGUCUCUGUUUGUUCCUGCAUCGUUGGUUUCCUUUGGCACGAUCCUGAUCAACAUCUCGCAAUAUGGACCCGACCAUACCGGUCCGUGGCUCACGUACGCGGUGGGAAUUCUCUUCUGGAUUGACGCCGCCCUAGCCGUCAUCUCUUCUGCAGCCAUAUAUCUAAUCCUGUGGUCAACGCAGACGUUCACGAUCGCUCAGAUGACACCAAUCUGGAUCUUCCCCGCAUAUCCUAUGCUAAUCAUCGGCCCCCACGCGGGAGUCCUAAGCUCGACCCUCGAACCCUCUCGCGCUCUCCGCAUUAUCAUUGGGGGCACCACCAUUCAAGGCGUGGGGUUCCUUGUCUCACUGAUGGUCUACUCCGCCUUCAUCUAUCGGCUCAUGUCCCAAAAGCUUCCUCGGGAGAACGUCCGCCCCGGAAUGUUUGUAUCCGUGGGUCCCAGUGGCUUCACCGUGUCGGGCAUCGUCAACAUGGCGUCUCACGCGAAACGAAGCUUUCCCAGCGAUUUCAUGGGCAACGGGCCUCUAGCAGCGGACAUUGUGAAGGUGGUCGCGGAUUUCUCGUGUUUAUGGCUCUGGGGGCUAGCGCUUUUCUUCUUCUUCAUCGCGAGCUUCGCGCACUGGUCGGCGAUCGGGCCGGGAAAGAUGGUCUUCUCGAUGGCGUGGUUCUCGUUCGUUUUCCCGAACACAGCAUUGAUCACGGCGACCUUUGCGAUCGGGAAGGCUUUCUCCUGCAAGGCGAUCAACAUCAUCGGAUGUGUGAUGGUGCCGCCUCUGAUUCUGAUGUGGCUGUUUGUGUGCUACAUGAUGGUUCGGGCGAUCGUGACGCGGCAGAUCCUCUGGCCGCAGAAGGGCGAGGAUAAGGAUGAAGGUGGAUUCGAGAUCCGUCAGAUCAAGCCCGAGUCAGGGCAGAGUACACCUUCUGAAGAGGUCUGACUGCUUAGGCUAUCUCCGGUUCGAUAUAAAUAUACCUGUGAGAUAUGAGUAUAUACUAGACACUUAGAAGUUAUGAGCUAUGAUACUUACAUG